AUGAAACGCAAGGCUGAUACAGAUGCUAUAAGCGAGGAGAGCAAUGGCUACAGCAGGAAGAAAGUCGCCACCGAGGACGAAAUCCAAAGCCACUUUGGCCCCAACGUCUUUGGCUCAGCAGACAAGUAUGCCGCCGAUUACGCCGCAUCAACACCCUACAAACACGCCGUGGUCCACAACCUGAUCUCUGACCCCCUCCUCCGAUCCGUGCGAUCGGAAAUCGUAGAGAAUAUCCACUUCACCCCGAAAGAAACCGACAUUUACAAGAUCCACCAAUCCGGCGACCUGGCCAACCUAGAUGGUCUGCACCCGGACGCCCUGAAGAAGUUGCCCAGUCUCCUCCAACUCCGCGAUGCGCUAUACAGCCCUCCCUUCCGCCGAUGGAUCCAGAAGGUUUCCGGUGCGGGUCCGCUCAGUGGCGGGAAGACGGAUAUGGCGGUUAAUGUCUACGUGCCCGGCUGCCAUUUACUCUGCCAUGAUGACGUGAUCGGGUCGAGGAGGGUGAGUUAUAUUUUAUAUCUUACCGAUCCGGAGAAGGCGUGGAGAGCGGAAUGGGGUGGUGCUUUGCGAUUGUAUCCUACGGACCAAGUUGAGGGGGAGGAUGGGAAGAAGUAUAAACUUCCUCGAGCGGAAUGGGAGAAGGUCAUCCCGCCGGCGUGGAAUCAGCUCAGUUUUUUUGCCGUGCAGCCGGGGGAGAGCUUUCAUGAUGUUGAGGAGGUUUAUCAUCGGGGUGUUGGGGAUGUUGAGGGUGAUGGGGGCAGGGUGCGGAUGGCGAUUAGUGGAUGGUUUCAUAUUCCGCAGGAGGGGGAGGAGGGGUUCGAGGCUGGGUUGGAGGAGAAGUUGGCGGGGAUGAGUUCGUUGCAGCAGUUGCAGGGGAAGGCGGAGGGGUUUGAUGAGCCGCGGACGGAGUGGUUCGAGCCUGAAUCGAUGAGUGGGCAGGCGAAUGGAGAGGAAGCUGCUGAGGAGGAUGAUGAGGAGGAGGAGGAGGAGGAUGAAGGAUUAUCGGAAGCGGAUCUAGAGUUCUUACUUCGCUUCCUCACCCCGAAUUACCUCACGCCGGAUACGGUCGAGGAGCUGAACGAGCUCUUCACCGACGAGUCGACGCUCCAACUCACCAACAUCCUCAACAAGAAAUUCUCCUCCGCCCUCCGCGAAGAACUGGAGAGUCUAGACGCCACAACCCUCGACCUCCCACCCAUGCGCACCUCCCGUCCACCCCACAAACACCGAUACCAAUACGCCCUCGCCCAACCCGGCCAAGAUAGUCUCAGUCCACGCGAACAACUCCUCAACCUCCUCCUCCCUAGCCUUUCUUUCCGGAAAUGGAUGUCCUGCAUCACCGGCUUGGAGCUGAAGCGUUGUUCAGUUCUUGCGAGAAGGUUCCGAAGGGGUUUGGAUUAUCAGCUUGCGCAGGGGUAUGAGGCCGAGGAGGCGCAGGUGGAGUUUACCCUUUGUGGGACGCCUUCGAAGGGAUGGGGAGGUGGGAAUGAUGGGGACGAAGUGGAGGAGGGGGAUGGUGAUGGAAAGGCUGACGAUGUGGAGGAGGAAGAUGGUGUAGGUGGUUACGAGCUUUAUAUGGCUGGCGAUGACGCCGACGACGACGACGACGACGAGGAUGGCUCAGACGACGGUGUCGCCAUCCCCGCCAACGCAGCACACGGCUCUUCCGCUAAGGCGGGAGCCGGUGCCUCACACACAGGCGCUGGCUCACGGCGUUCAGCUAAGCAGAAGAAAGAUACUUCCGAUCCAGCUGUGUACAAAGCCGCUGCUGAGGGAGAGGCAGAGGACGACGGGAUUCUGUUUUCGAACCCUGCGAGCUGGAAUACGCUGAGUAUUGUUUUGAGGGAUCGGGGGACUUUGCGGUUUGUGAAGUUUGUUAGUAGAAAAGCGAGAGGGGAUCGAUGGGAUUGGAGUGGGGGGUUUGAGGUUGGGGGGGAGGAUGAGGACGGGGAGGAUGAUGUAUGA